GAUGGGCUGUUCCAAGCGGUUGUGCAAUCGCCUUCUUCCCUCGGCUCGGUCGCCCCCCUCCCUCCCCGCCCCUCCUCGCUCGCUCCCUCCCUCCCUCCCUCGCCAGCCGAGAGUCAUUCGCCUGCGAAUUCCUCUGGGGAGGGAUGGGAUCGGUGCUCAACCAGCAGUAUCCAAGUAAAGUAUCGUUUUCUGGGGUGGUUUAUGUGGCUGAAAGAUGGAGUUAAAGGGCAGGAUCGCACCGGGGGCGCGUAAAAGUGGAGAUGAACCCGGGAAAUUACCGGAACAAGAAGAGGAAGAAGAAGAGGAGGAGGAGGAAUCCCAGGUUUUGCACGGAACAGGCCAUUGCAAGUGGUUUAAUGUGAGAAUGGGAUUCGGAUUUAUUUCCAUGCUCAACCGCGAGGGAAGCCCUUUGGAGUCUCCUGUUGAUGUCUUUGUACACCAAAGCAAGCUUUACAUGGAAGGAUUUAGAAGCCUAAAAGAAGGAGAACCAGUGGAAUUUACUUUUAAGAAAUCCUCGAAAGGCCUUGAAUCAAUACGGGUAACAGGUCCAGGUGGGAGUCCCUGUUUAGGAAGUGAGAGACGACCCAAAGGAAAAACAGUACAGAAAAGAAAGCCAAAGGGAGAUAGAUGCUACAAUUGUGGUGGCUUCGAUCAUCAUGCUAAGGAAUGUAUUCUACCUCCACAGCCAAAGAAGUGCCAUUACUGUCAGAGCAUCAUGCACAUGGUGGCAAACUGUCCGCUUAAAACUGUUCCACAGCAGCCCACGAGUUACCAGGGAAGAUAUGAAGCUGAUACCCAGCCCUCCACAUCAGCCUUCCUGAGGGAAGGAGGGGGAGGAGCCUAUGGUUACACUUCUCCAUCCUAUUCUCUGGAAGGAAGACCAGAUAUCUUACCGCCUUCAGGAAAGUCACCUCAAGAAGCUGCUUCAAGUAAGUUUUCUCCGUCACCUGAAGAGCAAAGCCGGAAGGGACCGUCAGUUCAAAAAAGGAAAAAGACUUAAAAAGCUUUGUCACCGCCUUUCAUUACCUCUUGGGACGUCUACCUCAUUCAAGCACAAGGAGAAUUAAAUCUCAUGUAUUAUCCUGCAACAAACCUCAAAUUUUAACUACUGUUGUGGACCAGAGGUCUUUUGAAAACAAAAAAGCCAAAGCAAACCAGUCACUCCAAGUGAAUUUCAGAUGAGUUUAAUGGCCAAUGGGUUUCUAAACAGUUUGGGCAUCAGGAUCUCAUAUGAUUUUUAAGCUUAGCCUAAAUUAUUGUUGGGCAUAUGUUCUUUGCGUCUUUCUCUCUUUUCCAGAGCAGCCCUGUAGAAUUAUGGAAGAUUAUGCUUCCUUAGCUGCUUGAUGUGGUUUAUCUUAACCAUGUCUUGUUUUUUUUUGGAGGGGGGGGGGUCAGUCAUAGUAUUUGUUAAUUCUAAACAGCGAUUAAUAAGAAAUGGAAGUGAGGUUUUUUUUUAAAUUUCUUCACAGCCAUCCAAGGGCUGUGAAGCAGCACAUAUACCCACUGUGCACAGAAACUCAUUCCUGUCACAAUAAACCAUCUGAUAUUUUGAUGUACAGACUAACCCAUUGCCUAAAUGUAUACAUUAAACCAGUGUUUCUCAACCUGGUCAACUUGAAGAUGUCUGGACUUCAACUCCCAGAAU